UCAUCGAUAACCCGGCGCGAAUAAUAGUUGUAACAGUAGGCACGUGCAGGAACGUUUUGAAUACAGCCAGGCGUGAGUGUUUAAGACUUUAAGGAUUAAGACCUAGUGUCGUUUAAAAAAGCUGCAAAAUGAAAAAGGCGACUACUUCCGCGGCCGCCAAGUCUCAAGGCAACAGCAAAAUGCAGAAAAACGCAAAUAACGGCACAGCUAAAGACAAGAAGAAGCCCAAUCUAGAUAAAGAAUCGAAUGAUUCCAAUUCGGUAUCUGAUAUGCUCGCCGUAACCAAGGACCAAGAGGUGCAUGCCUUUUUCUCUAAAUUAUUCGACGAUGACGCCGGUCCAUCAACAUCCAAAAAGACCCAGUCAGGGUCAGCCGCAGCCGCUAAGACCGCAGAUCGCAAGCGACGUCUUCAGGCCGAGGCGGAUGCCAACAAUAAUGAUACCGGAAAAGCCGGUAAGUUGACCAAGGAAUCGGAAGCUACUCAAGGAGCCAGGGCCACCAAACGCAAGCAAGCACGUAGUCUGGGACUGGAGCGCACCUCGCCGAUCCAGGUUAAUGGCGCGGCUUUAGCCUGCCCUUUGGUGCGCAAAUCGCUGCCCCCAGGGGAGGCCAAUUCCUGUCCUCAGCCGCCCAAAAAGGACCCAGCAGCCGUGAACUCAUUAGUUAAAAUAAUUAAGGCGGAACCCACCGAAGAGGGCAAUAAUAACAAUGACGAAAAGGAGACUGAAACAAUAGAAACUCACAAAGCCGACAGCGUCGAAGAGGGUCGUCGCGUCCUGCAGUGGAUACUCUUUCCGGUCCAAACUAAAGUCUUCUUCAAAGACUUCUGGGAGCACACCGCCUGCCUGGUGCAGCGCUCUAAUCCCAAAUACUUUCAAAGUAUGAUAUCAUUCAAGAUGCUUGACGAAAUACUGAUUCGCCAUCAUUUGGACUUCACCGUCAACGUGGAUGUGACCACUUACAAGAACGGCAAGCGUGAGACACUGAAUCCCGAGGGUCGUGCCUUGCCACCAGCUGUGUGGGGCUUCUAUUCGGACGGCUGCAGCAUUCGUUUACUGAAUCCUUCCACCUAUCUAAUUCGCUUGCGUCAGGUGUGCACCGUUUUGCAGGAGUUCUUUCACUGCAAGGUGGGGGCAAAUCUAUACCUAACCCCACCCAAUAGCCAGGGCUUUGCGCCCCAUUACGAUGACAUCGAGGCUUUCGUUAUCCAAGUGGAGGGACGCAAGCGCUGGCUUUUGUACGAGCCGCCCAAGAAGGCCGAUCAACUGGCCAGGAUCUCGUCGGGCAACUAUGAUCAAGAGCAGCUGGGUAAGCCCAUAAUUGAUGAGGUACUAAGCGCCGGCGAUGUACUAUAUUUCCCGAGAGGCGCUGUUCACCAGGCCAUCACCGAAGAGCAACAGCACUCGCUGCACAUUACCUUGAGUGUUUACCAACAGCAGGCAUAUGCCAAUCUUCUAGAGACACUAAUGCCCAUGGUUCUUAAGAAGGCCGUCGAUCGGAGUGUGGCCUUGCGUCGCGGCUUGCCGCUGCACACUUUUCAAGUUUUGGGCAAUGCCUACAAGGGAAAUGACUGCGGGUCGCGCAAACAGCUGGUGGAGAAUGUGCAGAAGCUGGUGACCAAUUACUUGAUGCCCUCCGAAGAUGAUAUUGAUGAGGCCGUCGACCAGAUGGCCAAGAAGUUCCAGCACGAGGCACUUCCGCCGAUCGUAUUGCCCUCGGAGGAGGUGCGCACUGUUCAUGGGGCACGCAGUGAUGCCGAUGAGCAGGGCAACUGCGUCUGCGAUUACAAAUUCAAUAAAAAGACAUCCGUGCGCCUGCUGCGUGCCAACAUUCUGCGUCUGGUGACCGAGUCCGAUGGCAGCGUGCGUAUCUACCACCAUGUGGACAAUGGCCUGGAUUACUGCAAGUACGAGCCCUAUUUCAUGGAGAUUCUGCCAGAGGAAGCUAAAGCCGUUGAGCUCCUCAUAUCGGCCUAUCCAUUUUACCUCACCAUUGAUCAGUUGCCAUUGGAGUCUUCAGCUCGCAAGAUAGAGGUCGCCACCGCCCUGUGGGAGCAUGGUCUUCUUAUGACCGAGAAGCCGUUUAAGUAGACGGCAAUCGAAAGCGAGUUGCUGUUGAUAAUUAGAAUUAAGUAUCGAUGCGAAUGUGUAUCUAAAACGAGCGUAAAUUAAUAUUUUUGUAUAAAUAUGUAACCAGAUUUAUAAUGCUCCUAUUCUGCCGAAAAUAAAGCACCCACAUUCGCACAU